AUGUCCGCCGUGCUCAUGACCGACAUCACGGACCCGUCGUGGGGCUACCCGGGAUACGCGCCGCCCCGGAACCGAGGCCCCUCGCCAAUCGCGUGUUCGAUCCAGAGCCACUCCGGGUCGGGCUCGGGGCUCUCCGCGGCGACGCACGACCUCGUACGCAACGCAAGGCUCGAGUGGCUCGAGUACGACAUGCUCAAGCCCGGCCGGAGGGCUUUUCUGUCCUGGGACAAGAGCCCAGAAAACAUACUCAUCAUUAAGAAAAUGGGCGACGAGCGCGCGCUGCGGGCCCUCCGGGACGUCGCGCGCUUCCUCCAAGACAAAGGGCGCAAGGUGUACGUGGAGGACGUCGUCCACGAGCGCGACUGCAAGGACCUGCUCCCGCUCGAGGACAACCUCGACAAGAUCGACCUCGUCGUGACCCUCGGCGGCGACGGCACCGUGCUCUACCUCGCGUCGCUGUUCCGCCGCGACAUGCCCAUGCCGCCGACGCUGUCCUUCUCGAUGGGCACGCUGGGCUUCCUCACGCCGUUCGACAUGUCGCAGUACGAGCGCGCGCUCGAGCACGUGCUCGAGGCCACCACCGAGAAGCUGGGCCUGACCGACUCGCUCAUGGGGUCCGAGGCCGACUACGGGGCCCGGGGGGAGUCUCAGAUGUCGGGGGAGUCGGACGCGCAGUUCGGGCUCACGGAUACGGUCGAGCUGAGCGACGACGAGGACAGCGGCGGGGAGGGCGAGCCGCGGAACAAGGCCGAGCGCGCCAUGCGCCAUCGGCGGCGGAGCUUCAAGAAGCUGCUGCAGGAGUGCAGCCACUACGGGAAGAUGCCGUACUGGCGGCCGGCGCACGCGGGGUCCGCGGUGAACGCGACGGUCGACGGGCGGGUCGAGGGGGGUGUGCCGGUGCCGGCGCGCGUCGGCGGGGAGGGGUCUGGCGCGCCGCUGUCGGACACGGAGGACGCGUGGAGCGAGUUCGACGGCCGGAACGGCGCCGGACGCCGCGCGUACAACGGAAACGGGAACGGCGGCUCCCCGCGGAUCGUUGCGGGACCGCACACGCCCGUCCCUGCCAGCGCGGAGGGUCCCACGGGGCUGCCGUGCACGCUGCGGUACCGCAUGCGCUGCGAGACGGUGCUCUGCGGCGUCGUCCAGGACCUCCAGUUCGCGCUCAACGAGGCCGUGAUCGAGCGCGGGAGCUCCCCCGCUGUCAUCGACGUGGAGUGCUUCAUCGACGGCGUGCACGUGACCAACAUCCAGUCGGACGGGCUCAUCAUCGCCACGCCCUCGGGUUCGACGGCGUACUCGCGCUCGGCGGGGGGCCCGAUGGUCGCUCCGUCCGUGGCGUGCACCGUCAUCACGCCCGUGGCGCCCUUCUCGCUGUCGUUCCGUCCGAUCGUCGUCCCCGACACGACGUGCAUCGACAUUCGCGUGCCGUGCGGGAGCCGCACCACGCCGCAGGUCACCUUCGACGGCCGGCCGGCCGCGAAGCUCGAGCAGGGGAGCUUCAUCCGGUGCCACACGGCGAUGUACCCGAUGCCGGUGAUCACGCCGGAGGAGCUGGACAUGGAUUGGUAUGAAGGCAUCACGCAGAAGCUCAGUUGGAACCAGACGAUUCGACACACCCGGAAACUGACGAUCGAGGAGGCCACGAGCCAGGAGUGUCGCAUCGACGUCAACUACGAGCUGUAG